GCGAGUCCUGGUUCGACGGCCUGGUUUGCGACAAAAUGUCCGCCUCAAUUGCGUCGCCCGAGCCGGCGAUUUCAAAGCCAGAAAAGAAGCAUAAGAAAGAUAAAGCAUCCAAAUCAGAAAAGAAGCGCGACAGAGACGAAGAAGCAAUUGCCGACGGCACCCGCAAGCACAAGAAAUCGAAGAGCGCAUCUGUCGAGGAAAACAGAGAUGACGAACCCGAGGCCUCUCAAUUAGCAGCUGGCGAUGAUGAGUUAGCGCACAAGAAGAAGAAAAAGGAGCAUAAGAAAAAGCAGAAAGAAGAGGAGAAUGAUGCGGAGGAUGCUAGUGGAGAGAAGAAGAAGAAGAAGAAGUCAAAGAAGCAUGCGGACGAAGACGAGGAGGAAGCCGAGAAGCCUUCAGCUGCCGAUGCCAAUGCCGAUGCCGAUGCCGAUGCAAGCGCAAUGGAUGUCGACCAGGCCUCUGAGCAACAAACAUCUUCUGGAAUAUACCAGCCCCCCGACAUGCCCGCCAAACCUCAGUUCCCAUUCUAUAGCCAGACAGUUUCUCUCUACGAACCCAUAUACCCCACCGGCUGGUCACAGCCAGUAACGAGCAGCGAGUACCAGCACCUACAGCAUCUCAAGAACAAAUACGUUCCCUCUCUGCGUGGCGUCCUCAUUAGCUACAAGAAUGUGGCGCUGGGCGAGAACCCGGGGCGCACAGGUGCUGCAACAUCAGACGACGACCCAAGCAUCCUGAAAUCCGUCAACGAGUACGCCGUCGGUUUUGGCUGGAUCACCGCCGAAGUCGAGCUGUUCGUUCCUAGCCGCGGUGCCUGGAUGGAAGGCAGCAUCAAUCUCCAGACAGAAGGCCACAUUGGUGUCGUUUGCUUUGGCCAAUUCAACGCAUCGAUUGAAGCUAGACGUCUGCCAUCUGCCUGGAAAUGGGUCUCCAACGAGGAUCCGGAGGCCCAUGGCAUGGAAGAGACUGCAUCAGUGAUUACCGCCGACGACCAUGGAGUAGUGCGCCAGAUUCACAGCACCGGUUUCUGGGUUGAUGGAAGCGGAAAGAAAGUUAAGGGCAAGAUUCGCUUCCGCAUUCGCAAUUUCGAUGUCGGUGUUAGCGGCGAGACGAGUUACCUCAGUCUGGAGGGCACCAUGCUUGAUAAGGAGGCUGAGAAAGCUCUUGUAAGAGAGGAAGCCGCAACAGCUGCGUUGAGGAGGGGAAAUAAGGGCCGCAACGCCCACCGAAGAAGAGCGCCAGAGUUUGCCAUGACACGGUUUAUGGACGAGACAGAGAGGCCGGCUGAGGAAGCAGUGGCGGCCGCGGAGUAAGGGGCAACUUGUGAAAAUUAUGGGCUGGAACGUCGAGUGGCUGUAGAGGAGGUGAACUACCUUGGUAACGGGGGGGCAUGCUUUUGGAGUUUGUUAUGAUACCCUCCUUAGACGGGGGCUUGUCACAAUAUUAUUGAGCGAUCAUGAUUUGAGAAUUAAUAGGAAGCAAAAAAGUAUUCCAUUGCUAAGCAUCAGAUGUUUACGCUAUGUAUGCCGAGGAAUGAGCAAUC